AAAAUUGGCAAAAAUAUGUCAUCAGACAAGUUCAAACUAGAUACACUGUUCGAUGAUAAUGAUGAGAUAAUCGAGCCAGAUGGAGCUGAUGUUAAAAAAAGAAAUGUUGCAUAUUAUUAUCAUAAAGACGUCGGACAUUUUCAUUAUGGCCAACUUCAUCCAAUGAAACCUCAACGGCUUGUGGUGUGCAACGAUUUAGUAGUUUCCUAUGAAAUGCCAAAAUAUAUGACAGUUGUUGAAUCACCAAAGUUAGAUGCUGCAGAUAUUUCUGUAUUUCACACUGAAGAUUACGUCAACUUUCUGCAAACAGUGACACCGAAGCUCGGUCUUACAAUGCCUGAUGACGUUUUGAGGCAGUUUAACAUUGGAGAGGAUUGUCCAAUUUUCGCUGGACUUUGGGAUUACUGUACUUUGUAUGCUGGUGGAUCUGUUGAAGGUGCUCGACGAUUGAAUCAUAAAAUGAAUGAUAUUGUGAUUAAUUGGCCUGGAGGACUUCAUCACGCCAAGAAAUCAGAAGCUUCAGGAUUUUGCUAUGUAAACGACAUUGUGCUGGGAAUUUUGGAGUUAUUGAAAUAUCACAAACGAGUAUUGUAUAUCGACAUUGACAUUCAUCAUGGUGAUGGUGUUCAGGAAGCAUUCAAUAAUUCUGAUCGAGUUAUGACUGUGUCAUUUCAUCGUUUUGGUCAAUAUUUCCCAGGAUCUGGAAGUAUUAUGGACAAAGGUGUCGGUCCCGGAAAGUAUUUUGCGAUUAAUGUUCCCCUGAUGGCUGCAAUUCGAGAUGAACCUUACUUAAAAUUAUUCGAGAGUGUUAUAAGUGGCGUUGAAGAAAAUUUUAAUCCUGAGGCAAUUGUUCUUCAAUGUGGUUCCGAUUCAUUGUGUGAAGACAGACUUGGUCAAUUUGCUUUGUCAUUCAAUGCACAUGCACGCGCAGUCAAAUACGUGAAAAGUCUUGGAAAACCAUUGAUGGUCCUUGGUGGUGGUGGAUAUACACUUAGAAAUGUUGCGAGAUGCUGGGCCCUUGAAACUGGAGUCAUUUUAGGUCUUCGAAUGGACGAUGAAAUCCCUGGAACAUCAUUAUACUCGCACUAUUUCACUCCACGACUUCUUCGCCCAAAUUUGGUUCCAAAAAUGAAUGAUGCUAAUUCUGCGGCAUAUUUGGCUUCUAUUGAAAAAGAAACGCUGGCAUGUUUGAGAAUGAUUCGUGGAGCACCAUCAGUUCAAAUGCAAAAUAUUGUUGGAAUCAGGCUCGACGAAAUUGAGCAAAUCGAAGAAAAUGAACGACUACAAAAAUCAUCAAAAUCUUCAAUUGAAUAUGAAGUUGGAAAAGUAUCAGAGAAAAUGGAAGAAGAAUGCUUUGUAGAAGAAGACUCAAAACCUCCAUCAUUUCCACCGGGUCAAGAUCCUCGUCGGAUUGGUCAGUACUGGGGAUAUGACAGGUCUGGAUUGGCUCCACCGAGAAGUCACUCGGAUGUUAUUGAAGAAGCAAAAUAUGAAGAUCGCGACAGACGAAAAGAUCUCAAUAUUCCCGGAAUUCCGUAACUUUCCAUGUAAUUAAUGAUUAAACACUGUGAUGAAUUUGUCAAAAAUCUUUUCUGUGUUGGUUUUCAGUAUUUCCGAUUUUAUAUUGUUUUCUGUUGCAUGAUCUCUAAAUUUCUCAAGUAAUAAACCAAAUUUCAG